CUUCCACUCAUCCAUGCUCUUCUAAACCUCUCCUUCAACUUCCAUACCCUUCCUCCCAAAUCAGUAUUCAACCCCCUAAUUUUCUUCUCUUACAAUUACAAAGCAAUUUUGAGAAUUAAAACAAAAAAAAUGGUGUCAAAACUCGCUGGUUUCUAUGAACAUAAUACUUUUUCAUUAAUGAAAAUCAUCAUACUUCUUAAUUUUAUACUUCACAAAGCUGACUCUGGUUGCAACAACUCUGUUUUCACUUCAAUAGUUUCAUUUCCACCCUAUGAGAUCCUUUCAUCACUGCAAGCACUACCUCUUGAAGGCCAAUGGAGCUUAAGGGACAAUGAAAAUGCAGCCAAGGACUUUGGCAACAUUUUUCAUUUUCCUCCUCUAGCAGUGCUAUAUCCAAAAACAGUUGCUGAUAUCUCACUUACCAUAAAGCAUGUUUUUGAAAUGGGCUCUGCAUCAGAAUUGAAGGUUGCUGCUAGAGGCCAUGGACAUUCCCUUCAGGGUCAGGCACAGGUACAUGGAGGAAUAGUCAUCAACAUGGAGUCACUGCAGGGUCAUGAAAUGAAAGUUCACAGGGGAGAGUUCCCUUUUGUGGAUGUCUCAGGGGGUGAGUUGUGGAUAAACAUUCUGCAUGAAACUCUGAAACAUGGGUUGGCACCAAAGUCUUGGACAGAUUACCUUCAUCUCACUGUUGGGGGAACUCUUUCAAAUGCUGGAAUUAGUGGACAAGCCUUCAAGCAUGGACCCCAGAUCAGUAACACCUUGCAGUUGGAAGUAGUCACAGGAAAAGGAGAGGUGGUUACCUGCUCAGAGAACCGAGAUGCUGACCUUUUCCAUGGUGUUCUUGGAGGGCUUGGUCAAUUUGGCAUCAUCACCAGGGCUAGAAUUUCUCUUGAACCAGCGCAGAAGAUGGUAAAAUGGAUCAGGGUGCUCUACUCAGAAUUCUCUACAUUUACCAGGGACCAAGAGUAUUUGAUAUCACUCAAAGACACAUUUGAUUAUAUUGAAGGAUUUGUGAUCAUAAAUAGCACCGGCAUCCUUAACCAUUGGAGAUCAUCAUUCGACCCCAAAGACCCACUUCAAGCCAGCCAAUUCAAUUCAGAUGGGAGGACCUCCUACUGCCUUGAGAUGGCAAAAUACUUCAACCCAGAUGAAGCUGAAGCCAUGAAUCAGAGUGUUGAUCACCUACUGUCACAACUGAGUUAUAUUCCACCCACACUCUUCCUAUCAGAAGUUUCUUACGUGGAAUUCCUGGAUAGAGUGCAUGUUUCUGAGAACAUGCUAAGAGAAAAAGGCUUAUGGGAAGUUCCUCAUCCUUGGCUAAACCUUCUAAUCCCAAGGAGUGAGAUUCAUGCCUUUGCUGAAGAGGUGUUUGGCAAUAUUCUUAAGGAUACAAGUAAUGGUCCCAUACUCAUUUACCCUGUCAACCAAACAAGGUGGAACAGUAAAACAUCUUUGGUUACCCCAGAGGAAGAUGUUUUCUACCUGGUGGCAUUCCUAUCCUCUGCAGUACCAUCUUCUACUGGUAUAAACAGUUUAGAAUACAUUCUAACCCAAAACAAGAGGAUCUUAGAUUUCUGCACCAAUGCUCAACUCAAUGUGAAGCAGUAUCUUCCCCAUUACAGCACACAGGAAGAAUGGCAAGCCCAUUUUGGGUCAAGAUGGGAGGCAUUGGUGGAAAGAAAAAGAGUCUAUGACCCACUGGCGCUGCUUGCCCCUGGCCAUAGAAUCUUUCAAAAGGCAAUGUCUGCAUCCUGUUAGUCCUAGACUCUUAGGUUGUGAACUAUUGAUGAGUAAUCAACUAGUCAUAUAUGUUCCUCUUUUCUCAAUAAUUGUAAGCAAGCAUGGCAUGGCCCUGGCCUUGGCAUUUUCUUCUCUCAACAAAAAGGAUGCUAGCUUUUUAGGUCAUAAUGACAAGAUUGACUGAUGAAAACACCAGUAAUGAGUUA